AUGUUUGGAUGUCAACCGUUUCGUCCACGUGGACAAAAAUUAUUGGAACUAGAUGACAUGGCGUUUGCUUUUGGCGGGCUCGUGACCGUUUUAAGUUUGCCACGCUUUGUCUGUCUUCAGACACGAAGAUGUUAUCUAUCUUCUCAUGAUGAUCGUAUGGCAGCUAAUAAUUCUCGAGAUCCUCCUAGGUGUCCCGGUACACGCUGUCUUAUCUCUUCGAAGGCACACAACGUUUCUGAAUCAAGACCUCCGGCAAACUGUGGGUAUAAAUAG